AUGCAGCGGGGGGCAUACUCAAUCACGCAUACUCCCGAAUCCUCCCCUCCCCCCAUCCCUCCCUGCAGCUUCAUCCUACACUGGAAGAUCAUUAGCAGCAGCAGCAUCGCUCUGGCAGCGGAGGCAGCAACGAGCGGGUGGGUGUCGCUAGGUUGGUCAGCCACUGGUCGAAUGUAUCCUGCUGAUGCAGCCAUCGGCAACCUUCCCCCAGGAACCCUUCCCUCCGGGGCAGCAGUGGGAGCAUACCACAUGAGUGGGUAUGCUGUGAGCGAUGUAACGCCCACGGGCUCGUUUGCGGUUACCAACACGGCCGUGGAAUCGGCCAAUGGGAGGACGACCAUCAAGUUUGAGCGGUUGGGCGAUGGAGAUUUCCCCAUGAGUUCGAGCUCUGCUAGAGUCAACUUCUUCAUAGGAGCAUCAGAGGAGGGCGAGUGGAGCAGUGGGAGCGCCACGCUCCACACCAUCCAUGCAUGGCUGCUCGCACUGGCCUUUGGCCUGCUCAUGCCUUUCACCAUCCUUAUAUCGAGGCUCUUUCUAGCGAAUAAGCCCUUGUUCAUGCCUGAUACCACCCCUGGCGUGGCAAGUAACAGCCCUGCUGCAGCAACUUUUGAGACGUCUCAAAACACCGCAGCUAGCAAUAGCUCUGCAGAAGCUACAGCCACGGGGGCAGCAGGGGGGUUGGGGGAGGAGCCAAAGCUUGGCGGGAGGCACAGUGGGACAGAAGCAGCAGAGGCCGAAGGCAAGCCUCCCGGCCGCUUGACAGCAGUAGGUGCGCCUGUUUUUGAGGCGCCUCAGAAAUCGGCAGCAGUAGCUGCGCUGGCCCUCGCUUCUGCCUCCCUUGCCAGGCCACCAGCGGCAGUGAGCGGAGCAGAAGCAGGAGCAGCAAAGGGCGAAGUCAAGCCUUUUGGCCGCUUGGAGGCAGUAGCUGCGCCGGCUCUCGAUUCUACCUCCCAUGCGAAGCCAUCAGCGGCAGUGAGCGGAGCAGCAUCAGGAGCAGAAACUGCGGGACCUGGAGGACCGGGGGGAAUAGGUGUAGCCAGUCCAGCAGGGGGGUCAGGAGAAGCAGGGGGGUCAGGCGGAGCAGAGGGGUCAGGCGGAGCAGAGGGUCAGGCGGAGCAGAGGGGUCAGGCGGAGCAGAGGGGUCAGGCGGAGCCGGGGUGUCAGGCGGAGCAAGGAGGUAGUCCCAAGGAAGCAGUGGGGGAAGCAGUGGGUCAGCAAGUCAUUGGCCUUUAA